UAUAUAUAUAUAUCAGUUACCUAAAGAGGUUGACAAAUGAUUAAUUAUUACGAAAAUACUAAUUGGAAUCACACUCUAUGUAGCGUGACGUUAUUUUUCUGUCAACGGCAUGAAAUGUACGGGCUCUGAUUAUAAUGUAAGUAAUUCAGCAAUAAAUAAGCUUUCAACCCAUAUAUAUGAAUAAUAAGGGAUCUUAACCUAUAGCUUUUUUAUCAGUCAUAACCUUUUUGAUAGAACUUAUGACCUGACUAAGUAUGAACACAAUGAUGAUAAGAAAAAAUACAUUACACUUUUUUUUUCGAAAAAUGCUUGCAAAAUUUGCUAGUUUUACGGUACUGAGAAGUCAUAAAAUAGUAACUAUAGAAUCUUAUCACAACAAAUUAAUUAUGUAUAUUAAUUAUUAAACUCUUGUAAUUUUAUAGUUGUAUUAUUGUGACAAAGUUAUGAUUAUCAUGUUGAGGUUUUUUGUUCAACAUUCUACCUCAAGCGCGGCAAAUAAUGUAAACAAUAUAACUGUUAACGGCUAUUGUUAUUCAGAAUAAAUUUUAUCGAGUCUUGUUAUUGAAUAACCACAGAUGAAACAUCUAUACAAUUUAGAACCUUGUUACCUAGAAAUAAAGUACGAAAUUGUGUGUAUAUAGUUUGGCCCAGGACUGUCUCAUUUCAAACAUAGACAGAGAGAGUCGUACUGUCUUUGUCUUACGCUUGUACUCUUUGCCAGACUAUAUUUAUGUGGGUCAUUAUACUGGGAUUAGGGUUGCCAUAUAGAAAAAUGGGAUAUCCUGAAUAAAGUCCGGACGUCAUUUUCUGACAUUUUCUGGACGGUCAAUUCCCCAUAAAUCCUAACAUCAGGGGAAAUCCUGACGUAUGGCAACAAUUCGCUAUGGUAUCUGAGCUAUAACAGCAAAAAUCGAAGUUCGUCAAUUGCGGGUAGUUUUCUCUGUCACUCUAAUUACAUCUUAGUGAGAGUAAAAGAGUAAGAUCCCGCAAUCUGCGAUUUUCAGUUUUCGCGGUAGGGCCCCGGCACAAAUACGGCUUCGUUACUUUUCUUUGCGAUAUGAAGAAAAGAGAUGCAACAAGAAUAUUUCGACAAAUAUUCCGAAGUGUGUUGGCAUGUUGAAAAGUAUAUGCUUCAUUUCAGUACAUUUAAACACUCUGCAUAAUAGUUGUUACUUAUUUAGAAUUUUAUAUUAUCUUGUUCGAAUAUCAGGGUAAUAAUCUUGAUGUUGUCACGUAUUGUUAGAGUUUAAAUCGAUAUUAGAAUCAACGAGCUUCGAUAUACCCGUCCUUGUUUGCCUGGUUCGAAAAUGUGAAACAUAAUAUUGAUCUUCUAGUCUUAUUCUUAGAAUAGAUAAUAUAGGCGAGUGAUCUAGAAUAAGUACAUUUAAGUAUAAUAGAGGUAAACCAUUUUUAAAAUGCACGAAAUCCGCGUGCUACGCUAAAUACAACGGCGCUUUUACUAUUUGUGUGCGUUACGCCAAUGAGAGUGAAUGUUAAAAACUACCAAUAAUAAUUUUUCACCACACCAACCGGAAGGCCCUCUUGAUUGUUCAAUGAUGAUUUUUAAUGAUUUUUUUUUAUUACGUUCAUUUGGAUUUGAUUUGAUUUUUUUUUGGUAUUUCAUAGUUAGUAUUUUCCUCGCGUUGGUGUGCUGAUAAAUUUUGUGUUUCACUCGGAGGCAAAGUUUGUUCAACCCUCGCAACGCUCAAGAUUCCACUUUUCGAACCACUCGCUACGCUCGUGGUUCAAUUUUGGAAUCUUUCGCAUGCUCGAGUGUCAAUAUUAGCACGAUCGGUUGAACAACUUUGCCCCCUUGUAAAACAAAUAACUAAUAGGCAUAGAAAAUAAGUAAGUGGAGAGUGCUCACGACUCCAUACAGAGAUAAAAACCCAUAUAUCAUACGUUAUAAGCGAGUUUGGAUAAAGUUAUUUGUAUUAGAUUAACGAGUAAGCUUAAUAAGUUUUAAGCAAGUUACAAACUUAUUAAUUAUAUGUUUUUUCAAACCUCCCAUACAACUUAUUAAGUAAACUGAUGUGAGAGUGAACUCUGAAGGUGUUUUGGAGGGGCGUGCAUUUUAAAAAUAGUAAACCUCAACAGUACCCCUAGUGUAAAUAUUUUCGACAGCGAAACGUGACGUACGCGUUUGCGUUAAGUGUCAUUUUGUAUGAGAUUUUUGACUUUCCAAAACGUCCCGCUUGGCGCGCUGUUCAAAAACCCAUACAAAAUGAGACUAAACGCAAACGCGUACGUCACGUUUCAAAAUCGAAUUUAUUUACACUAGGGGUACAGGUGUGUUCCCUGUAAUGUUUUCGAAUUUUAUUGUUUGUGUCAUUAGGCGGGUCCACACAGCGAGCAUACGCGUAGCGCGCACCGCUUCGGCCGAGGAAAACGUGCGCGCCUCGCGCGUAUGCUCGCUCUGUGUGGCUAUUUGGAUUUUAUUGUUUUUUUUUAAUAUCAUCUCCAGUUUUGUUAUUUUAUUAUUAGUAUAUGAGUAACAAAUAUCUUAAAUAGCGUUAAAGAUCUAUUAACGACUUAUGGUGAGAACAUGACAAUGCCUUUAACUAAAUGCUUGUUAGUUAAGGGUUCAUUCAGAUGUAUACUAAUCUAUCUAAUAAAUAAAAUUUAAAACAGAGCUAUGUAAAUGUUAUAUUUUUUCAUCUAACAAUAGAUGCAGCAUAUCAUGUUUUGUAGAAAUACAAUAAUUUUAUGAUUACGAAUUGUUUUAUUUUACCCGGAUAUAUAGCUUUAGAUGUAUAAGAAUAUCUGAUAAUAUAUUGAAGUCAGACCAACAUAAUUUGGCAGCGAUUUUGAUAGCCCAGACUAUGGAGGUUAGAGGUAAGGAGAACAAUCUCUUAUGGGAGAAAUGUUGCAACACUUAGAUGGGAGGAUCUACUAAAAGUGCUACACGCGUGCGUAAGGGACAGAACAUACGCAGUACGCAAAUUAAAAAUACGUUUUAAUAUUCCUGACAACAUACCAAAAGCAACCUACGUAAUUCGGUCGGGUUAUUUCUUGCCCACCAUAAGCCGUACUAAAAUUUACAGUAGGGAAUAAAAAGCUCUCUGCUACUCCUACUGAAAGUUCCAUAAGAGCAUCUCGUUCAGUCAUCUGCCGGCUCUACCAUUUCAUCUCUAUACUUAUUUUACCUCUAUGUGCAAAAGUGUCCAGCUGGCAGCUGUAAAUAAUAGUUCACAAUCUCUCCGGUGGCGCUAGGGUAGCACAAGGACAUGACAUGAACUUACACAUUAUUGGCGGACUGAAGUGCGCUGUCGUGUGAUUUGAAAAUGUUUAUCAAAGUCAAAAAUUUGUUCGCAAUGUAUUGUAACGCCCCUACUUAAGGUUUUUUGAUGGACACUUUUCGUACACAUAAAUUGUUCUCCUUACCUCUACCCUCCAUAGCCCAGAUUGUAUUCUUUGCUUCUAACUCUACAAGCCCUAACUCUGCCCUAACUGCACAAACUCUAACCCUUUUAAAGAAUCAAUCUUUUAAUUAUUAAUAGUAAUAAUUUAAAUAAACAUAUCGUUGUUUCUGGAAAGGGGUGUCAAUUUUCAGAAUGGAAAUUGUACAACAAAUCCAUUUAACAUCAAUGUUUUAAUUGCUUACCGUAAAAUAAAGAAAAAAACGUACUUAGAAAGUGCAGUGCUCUAGAGCAGAAACGUAUUCUUUUCUACUCACUUUUUAGAACAAAAACUACCCACUUUUAGAGCAUGAGAAACAAAGAAUACAAUACUCACUACUCUCACUAGGAGAAGAACGAUGAUGAGAAAUGGAAAAUAUAGUCGAUCAAACAACUUUGUCAGUAGAACAAGGCGCGAAAUUCAAAUUUUGUAUGGGACAAUUACCUACCUUUCGCGCCUAAAUUUUUUAAAUUCGCCGCUUUUUUUCUGUGACGGAAAUGGCUUGACAGCAACUUGACAGACUAUAAAAGUAUAAUUUUCAAGUGAUCCAUUUUAACACAUUCACUGCCAGACAAAAAACGGCGCCCUACCCCAGAAAUCGGUGGUCUGUAGCUGCGUACAAAACAACCCGCCCAGCGGGUUGUCCGGCAUCUGAACAAAGUUCAUGAGCGCCCACCAGGUGGGUUCCUGGCAGUAAAUGUGUUAAAACCAAAUAAUAAACAAAAAAGGGCCGAAUACAUUUUUACUAGUGGCAACUUUAUAACCGCUGUCACUCAACCAUCCGUAAAAAAAAAAACUAUAGACGGCGGAAGGUGUUUUGAUGUGUUUGGUUAUUUUCUCCUCGCGUGCGUGUUUUUAAAGGAAAAUUACAUUUGAACUGUAAUUAAGACUUAUUUAAAGUUUAACCAUGUCGCAACAAGAGGUUUCGUGCGGUCUGGAGUACUUAGUGGCACCGGAUUUGCAGGGAAGUUUAACUGAAGCAUUUCACGCAAACUAUUCUUUUAUCGUAACGCCGGUUGUGCAUCCUAGGUUUCGGAGACAUCAUAUAGUCGAUGGGACAAGAGUAGGUGGAUUCACGCGGUCGGAUAUGAUUCUUUCACCGCAAGAUUGGACGAGUAGGAUAGUGGGAAGGCUGUCUCCGUAUUUAAACGUAGAUAGCCCGAACGACGUAGUGCGACAGAGGCAUGAAGACUGUAUGAACGAGGAGCUGUCUUACUCCAAAGGUCUGGGGCUGCCGGCACUUCUGGUUACGGUGCAUGGCGAGAAUAGCCACAAUUUGGCCAGGAACUUACUCGGUUAUUUGGAAAACAGCCAUCACACCACAUUAAUAUGGGCUCAAGUGCCCAUGCAGUGCAGCCGCGCCUUACGGGACAGUGUGGUCCAAGGCUUGGAUGAAGAUGAGGAGGCCUGGAACGAGCCGUGGCUGUGGUGGUCCAAGUUUCAUGAACGAUUACAAUGGGACAAGCGUGUAGGUGUAGUCCUGGAGCUUUCUGCCGACCUGCCAUCUGAGGAAAUAAUGAAAAGGUGGCUCGGAGAACCUGUGAAGGCGGUUAUACUUCCCACUGCUAUCUUCCAUAGCAAUAAGAAAGGCUACCCAGUCCUGUCGCGGGCGCACCAGGCGGCGCUGCUGCGGCUGGUGGAGCUGGAGGCGCAGGUGGUGGUGCGCGGCGCGCGGCGCGCCAGCGUGGAGCACUACCGCCAGUACGUGGCGCGGCUGUGGGCGCGCCGCCCACAGCCCCACCGGGACCCCAUGCUGGACUACGCCAGGGGAUGGGAAGACUACCUCCAAACGCCGCUGCAGCCCCUGGCGGACAACCUGGACACGCACACGUAUAACGUUUUCGAGAAGGAUCCCAUCAAAUACGACCAGUACCAGAAGGCCAUCACGCAGGCGCUCCAGCACUUGCUUAAGAAACGAGAAAACAGCUCUUGUGAACAGAAUGAAACCAAAGAUCUAUCAGAUGUGAUCAACCGCCUGCAACUAGGGCCAGGAGACAAUAAGCAGGAAGACAAAGAUGCGCCGUUCGUGGUGAUGGUGCUGGGCGCGGGCCGCGGGCCGCUCGUGCGGGCCGCGCUUAAUGCCUCCGAUAUUGUGGGGACUAAGAUAAAGGUUAUAGCAGUAGAGAAAAACCCUUGCGCCGUCGUAGUGUUAGAAGCGCAAGCACGAGAGCUAUGGGGCUCCCGAGACGUCACUGUAGUCCCCGGCGACAUGCGGAAGCUGCAGCUGGCGAACAAGGCGGAUAUUAUCGUCUCCGAGUUACUUGGCUCGUGGGGCGACAACGAGCUGUCCCCCGAGUGCCUGGACGGCGCGGCCGGCCUGCUGCGGCGCGGCGGGCUGUCCAUCCCGCGCCGCUACACCUCGCACGUGGCGCCCAUCUCCAGUCCGAGGCUGUGGGCCGCUGCCAAGGCCGCUACGGUGUUUUCGCCUCAUAAAAAUAAUUUGGAGAUGCUGUGGGUCGUUUAUAUGCAGAAUAAACACGAUAUCGCUGAAACCAAGCCGGUGUUCACAUUCUCGCACCCCGCCCGGCCGGCGCGCGACCACGAGGGCCGCGGCGCCGCCGACCACCGCGGGCUGCCCGCCACCGACAACAGGAGGCAGUGCACUCUCACGUGGACCGCGCAACAGGAUAACGUGAUGCACGGUUUCGGCGGGUACUUCGACUGUCAGCUGUUCGGUGAGGAAGAAAUCAGCAUAGUUCCGGCCACGCAUAGCAACGGCAUGAUAUCCUGGUUUCCCGUCUUUAUUCCUAUCAAGUCGCCGCUCCGCGUAAGUAAAGGGUCCGUCAUCACGGCUCGAUUCUGGCGCUGCGUGGACUCCCACCGCGUGUGGUACGAGUGGCUCGUGGAGCUGGCCGGCCGCUCCACCGAGCUGCACAACUGCGGCGGCAGGAGCGCCGAGAUGCUCUUAUAGAACACGCUCUACAUAUCACUCUACGCGCCUCGCCAGUAAACAUCUGCGGAGUAUUAUCAGCGCGUGUACUAAUUCAUGUCUAGACAUGUCACGUGCCGACAAUAUUCUGCUGACCAACACACUAUGUUUACCUCUUAAUUUACGUAUGAGUUUCACGCCUCAAAUGAAACUAUGGCAACAAGAGAUGUUGAUCAGGGCUAUAUGUUAAAUUACGUCAUUUUUGCGUCAACGGCAUGAAAUGUACGGGCCCAUAAUGAUCCAUCGUGUUUUUAUUUAAUUUCGUUAACUUCGGGGUAUCGGUUAGUACGUUUAAGUAAAUGGCAUAGUUAAUUAAAAAAAAAAAAAAUUUUUUUUUUUUGUUUUUUUUUUACUAUUUUUAUUUUUAUAAAAAGUGACUAAAUGUUGCAUAUAGCGUUGUUGUAAUACGGGCAUUACAUUUAACUCAACCAAACAAUUGAAAACUGUGACAUAUCAAUGUCAUUUCGAACGUCGAUCGUCCGAGAUAGUACUUACGUUUAGUAGCAAAUGUAUGAACUCGCACUAAACACUAAUCAAUAAGUAAACAGGCCCUAAGGCAAAUGUACACGCUCAUAAGGGCCUUAUAAAAUAAAAAUUAAUGAUUGAUUAUCUCCGAAAUGGAGUUAAUUAGAAUAUCGGUGUCUUUGAGAAAGUUACUUAAUUUAAGCUCAGGAAUGCACCCUCGAAAUUAAUGCAAUAAAAAAAAAACACGGUGUAUAAGAAACUAUGUUACACCUCGCCUACCUGUUCGUUCGAGAAACUCUUACUAAGCUAAUUUGUCUUAAUUCCAGUGUAAAAAUUUAAAUGCUGUUAUAGUAUAAGUCUGCUAUUUUAUUAAAAAUUAGGUGCAACACCAUUGAAGCGCUCAGCGCAAUUAUGAUAACUUCUCCGAUGUUUAUAAACGAGACAUAAAAUCCUGGGGCGUGUGUAUCGGAAUUUAGAGUCUAACUACAUAGCAACAAAGUUCAACAUUUUAUUUCUCGUUUUGUGAUACCACCGAUAGUGUAUAAAAUAACUCUUAUUUUUGGGCAUUUUAUCUCUGUUAUAAACUUACCCACGGAACUUACGAAGUAACAAAGUAACUUCAAAAUGUUAUAUAAACUAUAACAAUUGACAUUAUAUGUUAACCUUUUGACCGCCACCGUCGGCUAUGGCCGACAUCUGAAAUACUUGCCAAGGACGCCAACGACGGCUACAGCCGACAGUUUCGCCAAUGCAAUAGCGACUAACGCGCGACUCCGUAAAGUUCAAUUUCGUUUAAAUAAUCGUGAUCGCCUGCGUCCGGGGCACGGCAAAUUCCUUCGCUGUCUGGCGUUCAAGAGGUUAAAAAACAUAUAAAUUGCAGUACACUAAGAAUGUGUUAUCUCUUUCAUUAUCCCCUAGCAUGUUACACUUUAUCACGGAUAUUUAACCCUUUCCCAGGCCAGUCUACAAGGUUUUCCCAAAAAAUCCAAAUAUAUUCAAAUUAAUCCAGCUUUGAUGAUUAAUUUGAAGACAAGUAAUAUUUGCCGAAAAUGCAAUCUAAUUUAAACCUUAAAUCUGAAUGCUAAAGUUGAAAUUCUAAUGGCGCGUAUGUGGUCGAUAAAUCGUACUAUGCCUGAAAAAGGGUUAGAACGCUUUAUACUAAAGAUAGUUUAUUUUCCAAGUAGCCAUAUUACAAUCCGCUUAUGAACGUCAAGUAAAACUACGCCGGCUCUAACCCUACAGCUCUGCCCGAGAAGAUUUAAAUCCCCCCUAAAUUGUAGGAGGGUAUCCCAAUAUGGGACCAGCAAGAAACUCGGCGGGACACAUUUUCAAAACAUAUCUUGUUAACCCAUUCAUGGCCACGAACCACGAAGCGUACACAACACGCCGGGCCACCAUACAAACCGUUUUCAGCUAAAACGUGUGACUCAGCUUAUGGGUCUCGGGGCCUGGCGCGAACGUCAAAGAAAUUGCCGCUUAUGAAUCCGGUCCGUUGGACAAUAUUAUGCAACAUUUUUACUAACCAACUGUUUACUGUUCAUAUUAAAAUAUAUAUAUAUUUACUAAUUUGUUGAUAUUUGUAAGAAACUAAGAAUGAACAUUUUAAAGCCUGAUCAGAAAUAGAUGAUCAUUGUCAAGAGGGCGCUGUUAUUUUCAUAUAAUAUCCAUAGCCAAGGUCACAAAAAUCACAAAAUACGAAAUCACUGAAGAGCAUAGAGAGGAGCAUAAAGUCGCCAACGAAUAAAUCGUGACUAAAUAUAAUUUCCCAUGUUAUUCUAAAAUACAUCCUAAUAGAGGGGAUGGGGUGAAUCAUUUCUUGAGUUUAUGUCAAAAAUACCACGUUAAAGAUAAUACCGCCGCUAAAUCCGCCGCCGCCCAGGUGCAUCCAUUGUUUAUUGUCCAAGCGUCUCCGAUAAUCUUACAUGUGGCCGGUCAUGAACUUUGUUUUGGUAAACGUCAUUAUAAUAUAAACAAUAGAGCACUUAAAAUGUAUUAUAGUACUUAUUACCACGAAAAUGUUUAGAAAAAUCUUUUCUUUUAAAUAUUUCUCACACACUAUUGUAAAUCUGUUUUUUAAAUUAGUCUUCUUUGUGGUGCAAUAAAGAAUAUUUACUUACUUACUUACUUACUAUUGCGGUAAUACAAUAUACCAUUUAGUUGGUGACUGUUUAAGCCGCCCUGUUUUUAUAAUGAAACAAAAAAAUAUUGGCAUGGUAAUAAGUUUGGUCCUUAGAAAUGUUGCUUGCUACCAUCCAAACAAUAAUCCAUUGUAAAAAGGUACAAUUUGCAACGAGUUUCGUCAUGAAAUAAGCUUUAAAACCAAGUUAUAAAGUUUAUUUUUGCGUGCUAUGAAGAUAUGUGUAGUUUUUACAAUUAGCGCCAGGCCACGGUGACCCAUACCUUGAGUCAUGUCAAUAACUUCAGGCAUAAAUAUAUUUUUGAAAUGUAGAUUUAUCCAUUUGCUUGGGACACGUAUGUAUCUCGAAUUUCAGAAUAUUUACUAUAUUACACUUCCAGUAAACCAAACUUGAAUAUUCUAGACCCUGUUUCACUAAAAAAAACAUGUUUACAAUUAUGUUUUUCAACAUGCCUUAUAAAGAUGGUUGUUAGCUCAAAUUAUACUUAUAUUAUUUCGUCAUAUUACGUUUUGUUUAUGUUUAAAUCAGAAUUUAUUCACGACUCACAUGUGAGUCACGGGCCCUGCGCGACUGUUUGAACAUGACCCAUACGCUGAGUCACGGGCCCUGAAUGGGUUAACAUGCAUAUGAUGAUUUUAAAUUCCAUGAUAAAAUUGAACAAGUUAGGGACCUUUCGCAUAUAAGUGAUACAAAGAUGUGAUCUUUUUAAAUGUUACAUGUUAAUGUAAAGAUUUAAUUUUAAGAUUAAUUACGAAAUAUAAGAGUAAUUUUUA